AACCUGCUUGCUUACUUAUCUCAAUUGCAAAAGAAAGCCUGCCAAUUUUCCAAAAGCCGCAUUUCUCAAUUUCUUAAUCAUCUUCUCAUCAUAUACUUUUGCCUUGGUUUCUCUCUCCUAGGGUUUUCUUUUGGGUUCAAUUAUUUCGUAAUUAUUUCGGAAUCUUUGUUUUUCUGGAUAAUCCGAUUUGUGGUUCUGGGAACUGAUUUUGGUUCAUUCUUUGAUUUUCCAUUAAUCUUGAAGAGUGAAUGUUCUAAUGGAAUCUAAAGGUGGUAAAGACGAUUCUAGUAGUAGUAGUAGUAAAUCCUUGUUAUACGCCGCUCCACUCGCCUACAGCAUUGAAGACGUUCGACCAAAGGGAGGAAUCAAGAAAUUCAGAUCAGCUGCUUACUCAAACUGCGCUCGCAAACCAUCCUGAUAUUCCCUAACUAGUGUUCCGCUCGACCGCUAGACGUGGUCAUUUUUUUUUUUUUUUAGUUAUUGCUGUUUUUGAUUUUAAGUCCCUUUCUUCUUCUGUUUUCCUCUUUCCUGUGUACUUCGACUUCCUCUUUGCGACUGUAAGGCGUUCUUCUAGUAUACGUAGUCAUGACGGUUCCCAUGGCUGGAGACAACAACAACAACACUAACAACAACGAAAUGGCAAUUUCUGCUAUUGGUUUCGAAGGGUUUGAGAAGAGGCUAGAGAUUUCGUUCUUUGAGCCCAGUAUCUUUGUCGAUCCUGAAGGGAAGGGUCUCCGUGCUUUGGCUAAAGCACAGUUGGAUGAGAUUCUUGGCCCUGCUGAGUGCACCAUUGUUGAUUCACUUGCAAAUGAUGAUGUAGACUCUUACGUUCUUUCUGAGUCUAGCCUCUUUGUGUACGCAUACAAGAUCAUCAUUAAGACUUGUGGGACUACUAAGCUGCUCCGUGCAAUCCCACCUAUUUUGAAGUUGGCUGAAAGCCUUUCCCUUGACGUGAAAUCUGUUCGUUACACCCGUGGCAGUUUUAUUUUCCCGGGUGCCCAAUCUUACCCUCACCGGAGCUUCUCUGAGGAAGUGGCUGUCCUUGAUGGUUACUUUGGUAAGCUUGCGGCCGGCAGCAAGGCUUUUGUUAUGGGGGAUUCCGCAAAGCCCCAGAAAUGGCAUGUUUACUCUGCAUCAGCUGAAACGAUCAGCUUUGAUGCCCCUGUUUAUACUCUUGAGAUGUGCAUGACCGGACUUAACAAGGAGAGGGCUUCUGUCUUCUUCAAAUCUCAAUCGCCGAAUGCUGCUGUGAUGACAGAGAGCUCUGGAAUUCGCAAAAUUCUUCCAGACUCAAAGAUAUGUGACUUUGAUUUCGAACCCUGUGGUUACUCUAUGAAUGCUAUUGAAGGAUCUGCUAUCUCCACCAUUCACAUUACCCCUGAAGAUGGUUUCAGUUACGCUAGCUUUGAAGCUGUGGGUUAUGACCUUAAGAAGAUUGAUCUGAACCAGCUGGUGGAGAGGGUUCUUGCUUGCUUUGAACCAAGCGAGUUUAGCAUUGCUAUUCAUGCUGAGAUUGCUGCUAACUCUAUGGAGCACAACUGUUUCGUUAACGUCAACGGUUACAGUCGUGAAGAGGGAGGCAUUGAGGAGCUCGGAUUUGGCGACUCUUCUGUAUUCUACCAGAAGUUCUGCAAGGCAACUCGAUUUGCCCCUAAGCCAAAGCCAGCUCUGAAAUGCUGCUGGAAAGAGGAGAUAAUUGAAGAAGAAAAGGAUUAUUAGUACCUUUUCAAUUUCGUAUUUGUGGUUAUCUUUUUUAUUCAAUAAGAUUCAGGUCUUCAUCCUGAUGGCUGUUAUUCUGUAGUCGUGUUUUUCUUCACCAUUGUUAUCAUUUCGGAUGCUUUUUUCUUUGUAGUUCCAAUUAUGGAACAUAACAUCAUUUAAAAGUGUACUCGGAUUAUAUCAUUCGACUUUUAUAUGAUUAUUACUAUUACUAUUAUUA